GUUUCUUCGAGCAGACUGAAUGAUGGAUCAGUUCGACGAUGCGCUUUCCAGACUGCAGUCGAAGCUGGAGUUCGAAUCUGACUGGGAUAUUGUUUAUUUGGCAGUCUUCUUCAUCUUCAUUGGUAUGAUUCUUCUGCUGUUCAUCCUGGUCCUCAUCCGCUGCUGUUGCUGCUUCUGCUGUGAGGAUGAAAAGCCUCGGAGACGGAGGUUUGGCAUAGACAACAUGGCUCUGGAGCCCUGACAGCUGAUGAAGCUGGAAGUCCUGUAACAAAAGAGAAGCUUUGAUUCUACUCACC